AUGGCGUCAUCAUUGGUGCCAGCAUCGGUGCAGGGCAAAUUAGCAGCAGCUCUCCCACGAAACUUGCACAAUGCCGCCUUUGCUGUUCUCAACUUUGACUUAAUCAGAAAUAUAGUUUUCCUUCUCUUCAUUCUUCGAUACACCCGCAAGACAUUCGAUUCCCUGCGAGGGUAUGGCGUUGUUGGCAGCCUCAAAAAUGUCUUUGCAGUCGUCCGCCUAUGGUGCUUUUCUCUCUUCCUUCGAGCUCCUGGCGUUCGCAGCCAGGUAGACAAACAGAUCACAACCGCCCUCACGAAGCUUGAGGAUAAGAUGCUUCAGAAGGGCCCUGGGGUCACUAGGUAUCUUGCCCUUCCAAAGGAAGGAUGGACAGAAGAAAAGAUCCGCACGGAACUGCAAAGUUUGGCGGGCAUGGAUCACGCAAAAUGGGAAGAUGGGCGCGUUAGCGGUGCUGUCUAUCACGGAGGCGAGGACUUGUUGAAGCUUCAAACAGAGGCUAUCGGUACAUUCAGUGUAUCCAAUCCUCUUCAUCCAGAUGUUUUUCCUGGAGUGCGAAAAAUGGAGGCUGAAAUCGUGGCGAUGGUUCUUGCCCUCUUCCAUUCACCAACAGAUGGAGCUGGUGUGACUACUAGCGGUGGUACUGAAUCUAUUUUAAUGGCGUGCUUGGCUGCUCGCCAAAAGGGCUAUAGCGAGCGAGGAAUUACCGAGCCCGAAAUGGUUGUCCCGGAGACUGUUCAUGCGGCUUUCUUCAAAGCCGGGGGCUAUUUCGGCAUCAAGGUUCAUCGCGUGCCUUGUCCUGCUCCCGACUAUAAAGUUCACAUUCCCUCUGUUCGCAGGUUAAUCAACCGCAACACUGUGCUCAUCGUUGGAUCUGCACCAAAUUUCCCUCAUGGCAUCGUCGACGAUAUCCCAGCUCUUUCACGCCUUGCUGUUUCUUACAAGCUUCCGCUCCAUGUUGACUGCUGCCUUGGCUCCUUUAUUAUUGCAUUCCUCAAAAAAGCAGGUUUCCCAUCGCCUUACGAAGACGAGGGUGGUUUCGAUUUUCGCCAACCAGGCGUAACUAGUAUCAGCGUGGAUACCCAUAAGUACGGGUUUGCGCCCAAAGGAAACUCAGUCCUUCUGUAUCGGAACCGUACAUAUCGAAACCAUCAAUACUUUAUUUUCCCAGACUGGGUUGGAGGCGUUUAUGCAUCUCCAUCUAUUGCAGGAUCUCGCCCAGGUGCCUUGAUAGCUGGUUGCUGGGCAAGCUUAAUGACGAUUGGAGAGUCAGGCUAUAUCGCCAGUUGUCACCAAAUUGUGGGUGCUGCCAAGAAAUUUGAAAAUGCCAUUCGUGAAGACCCAAUAUUGUCAUCCAAUCUUGAAGUCAUAGGCUAUCCUGAUGUCAGUGUGGUUGCAUUUGCAAGCAAAAACGAGGGCAUCGAUACAUAUGAUAUUGCUGAUGGCAUGGCAGAGAAGGGAUGGCACCUCAAUGCGCUACAAGACCCUCCUGCCAUCCACGUUGCAUUUACGAGGCCUACAGCUAUUUCUGUCGACAAGCUGCAGACCGAGUUGACUGAGAUUGUGAAGCAAGAGUUGGAGAAAGCUGAGGAAAGAAAGAAACAGGGCAAAUCUUACGCCAGGAAACGAGGCGAUACUGCUGCGUUGUACGGUGUGGCAGGCAGCUUACCGGAUAAGAGCAUCGUUAGCCGUCUGGCCGAAGGCUUUCUCGAUGCAUUAUAUAAAUCAUGA